UGAUGUGUUUGAUCAGUUGCUCGUCGUCAGCACACAAUGGCGAAACGGGUGGCUGUAAUAGGCGCAGGGCCCGGUGGACUGGCCGCCGCAAGGCACUUUUCCACCCCGGAUUCCCAGUUCGAGUGUCAGGUUUUCGAGCAAGACUGCGACCUGGCCUGCACCUGGAGGGUUCCAGAGCAAAUCGGAAUGGACUCAAAAGGCCGGCUGGUGCAUUCGAGCAUGUACAAAAAUCUCAGGACGAACUUGCCAAAGCAUGUUAUGUGCUACCCUGAUAUUCCAUUUGAUGAACAUUUAAGCGAAUUCAUGACCAGCGAUGAAGUCUUGGACUACUUCUACAAAUUUGCGGAUCGCUUUAAUUUGAAGAAAUUAAUUAAAUUUAAUCACUUAGUGACCGAAGUAAAGCCUGUGAACCCAGGGCAAAGUGACACGUCUUGGCUGAUCAAAUAUGAGAACUUAAUUGACGGCCUUUACUCCCAAGAAGAGUUCGACGCUGUCAUAGUGGCUAAUGGGCACACAACCAAACCGCACUGGCCAAAAUUCGACGGACUAAGCACCUACAGAAGGAACAUCUUGCACAGCCAUGACUUUCGCAAUGCAGAAAAUUACAAGGACGAAAGUGUGCUGAUAAUUGGCGGCUCGUUCUCAGCCGUGGAUAUAACAAUGCACGUUUCGAAGCAUGCAAAAACAGUUGCAUUGAGCCAUCAUGUGGAGAAAAUCAAAGCAAACUUCCGCAGCAAUGUGAAGCAAGUUUCAGACGUGCUAAAAUUUGAAACCGAUCUUGUUCACUUCCAAGAUGGAAACGUCUUCGAGUUUGACACAGUCAUCGUCUGCACUGGGUUUGAGUACUCGUUUCCAUUUCUUCACCCUGACUGCAAAAUCACAACCGAUGGCUACGGUGUCGAGCCGUUGUACAAGCACAUAAUUAAUAUCGAAUAUCCUACCAUGUGCUUUUUUAUUUUGGGAAACCACGUGUCUCCCAUGCAAUUAGGAGAUUUGGAGGCUAGAUUUUGCAAGAAAUUUCUGUCUAACGAAAUAGUUCUCCCGAGCAAGCUGGAGAUGUAUCAAGAUCUGAGAGAUGAUCAAGAGAUGAGACAGAAAAAACUAGGUCUAGGACCGAGAAAUGCGCAUAAAUUCGGCUGUCUUCAGAAGGCUCACUGUGAUGAUUUGGCCGCCACGGCAGGAAUCGCAGGCAUCGACCCCGAGAUUGCUAGAUACAUUUUGCAGGCGAGCGAAGACCUUUGCGUCUUGAGUUCAGAGUGUAACAACUAAUGAUGGCAUAUUAUUGUUGUUUAUUCCCACAUUUUGUCAAACAAAUACAUUAUAGAGCACACAGUCAAUAAACUUAUAAAAGCUUAUUUGAGAAAAGACAGCACA